AUGGCUCUGCGAAAAGAGGAUGCCCAGAGAGCUGUGGUCCUUUUGAAAAAACUCCGCAGUAAACUUGCUGAUGGCUCAGAGAAGUCGCUGCGAAAUUCUAUGGAACUUCUCAUUAGUGUCAUGGAGAGUGAUCUUUUUAACGCUCUUAUAGAUAUUAAUGAGUACUACAGGGAGAUGCUUGGUGUUUAUCCAGACGCAAACUUAUCUGAAGCUCGUGACCAAGAAAGUACACAAAAUCAACGCGACAAUUUUAGCCCAACUAGUGACUUCGCAUCCAAACAACCUUCUAAUCAUGAAGACAUCACAUCACAAGGAGAACCAAGUGACUGGGAAUACAUUGAGGUCGUGAUCUCGCGUCCUGCUGGUAAAAAUGUGAGUUUCGGCUUCAGUAUUGCCGGAGGUUAUGAUGCACCUCAAGAGAACGGUGACCCAAGUAUCUACGUCACAAGAAUUGCUCCUGGAAGCAUAGCUGAAGCUGAUGACCGUUUACGACCGUUUGAUCAAAUCAUCUCGGUCAAUGGCAGUGAUCUUACCAGUGUAUCAAACCAGGAAGCGGUGAGGAUAUUACGGGAGUCCGGUGAUACAUUAGCCAUGAUUAUUCGUCGAUACACUGGUCCUGAGGUUGUUCCAUCCGAUGGUGACUUGAACUCUCCAACUGUAAAUGCCACCUCACCAGACAGUAACAACGAAGGCACCGCUAAUGAAGACAUGUACUACGAGGUCAGUUUGUUAAAGCCAUCGGAGAGUGUUGGUCUCGGGUUUACCAUAGCAGGAGGACAGACGUCUGAUGGCUAUCCAGGAGGUAUCUACGUGACCAAAAUCACACCGGGCGGUUUGGCGGAAGAGGAUGGACAAAUCGAACCUGGCGAUCGUCUUCUUCAGGUUAAUGGCCAAGAAUUGGACAAUGUCACACAUGAUGCUGCAGUUCAUCUCCUACGCAAUGCUGGGAUUCACGUGCAUCUUGUUUUGCUGCGACCUAGAGAGUCCACAGCCAGUCCAAAUUUUACCUCUACUCUCACCUCCGAUUAUACAAUUGGUCGAAACAAGUGA